AUGUCAUCAUCGUCGUCUUCUCCAGUGCCUGGCAUUCUCUCCACUGAUUCAGUGCGCCAGGAGCAUCAGCAGCAACAACAACAACAGCAGCAGCAGCAGCAACAACAACAACAACAACAACAACAACAACAGCAGCAACAACAACAACAGCAACACUGUCCAAUGCCACACUCGAUUCUCAAAGACGGCGUGUCCAAACAACUCGUAAGCUCUUUUUUAUGUUUAUUAGCAUGA